AUGGAGAAAAAGGAUGGAGGUGACCAGGGCAAGCCCCAGGCCCCAGUGCCUGGCGUCGACUCCGUCGCGGGCCUCUCAGCAGGCAUCGUGUCGACCUUGAUUGUCCACCCUCUGGAUCUCAUCAAGACGCGCCUGCAGGUCAGCCUUCAGACCACGACUGGCUCAACAAAGUCCCGGCCGCUCUCUACCAUGGACGUCGUCCGGAGCUUCAAGAAGUCCAAGAACCCGAUCGCCGCCGCCUACCGCGGCCUGCCUAUCAACCUGGUCGCCAACUCGGCGGGGUGGGCCUGCUUCUUCCACUUCAAGGCCAUCUUCGAGGACGCCAUCGCCGCCCAGAAUGCGUACGGGCUCACCUCGGGCGACAAGCUGAGCGGGAUGGGCUACUUCGUGGCCUCGGGGCUCGCGGGCAUAGCGACCUCGUGCAUCACCAACCCGCUCUGGCUGCUGCGGACGCGCAUCACGUCGACCGACCGGUCCGUCGCCGAGGCGUACCCCAACAUGCGCGUGGGCGCCGCUCGCGUCUACCAGGGCGAGGGCUGGAGGGGGUUCUACAAGGGGCUCGGUACUAGCCUCAUCGGCACGUCCCACGGCGCCAUCCAGUUCGCCAUGUACGAGCCGCUGCGGAACGCCUACUUCACCUGGAAGGGCAAGCAGGCGCGCGAGGCCGGCCUAGGCGAGAAGGCCGCGGUGGACGAGAAGAUGUCCAACGAGGCCACGCUCACCAUCGCCACCGCCUCCAAGGUUAUCGCCUCGGUGGCGACCUUCCCGCACCAGGUCGUUAGGAACCGCCUGCAGAACCAGUACGGCGCGAACCGCUACGGCGCCGGCAUCUCGGGCGUCGUCAGGAACAUGUGGCACGAGGGCGGGUUCAAGGUCUUCUAUAGGGGCAUCGUGCCUGGUGUGCUUAGGACGCUGCCGGCCACCUGUGUGACGUUUAUCGUCGUCGAGCACGUUCGUUUCCACCUGCCGAGAUGGAUCAAAGAGAACGAUGACGAUGGUCAUGAUGGUGGUGUUUCUGGGAAAUAA